AGGGGCUCUUCAAUUUCGCCCCGGAAAUUUUGCGCUACAGCGGACCACGCAUUCCUAGCACGCGCCGCCUUGAUUGGCCCGCACGGCGUGCGCCUCGUGUCCAGGCCAAGGAGAGAGGGGCCACACCGGGCCAGACGCAGCGCAGCUCUCCAAUUCAUAGGCUAGGUUCCUUCAUUUAGACCAUCCCGUGCCGUCCAUCCACCCAUUCAUCUACCCAUCGUGUGGCCGCGAAUCCUCCACCACCACAUCCACCACAUCCACCACAUCCACCACCAAACCGAGAGAGAGUUGUUGCUCGCCCUCGCCCACCACGCUCGUUAUCCUCGACAACGCCCCUUCCCAGCGCGCCGCCUCUCCGACGCCCGCCGACCGAUUGACCGACCGACCCAUCUCGCGAUAGCACCUCGAAUCCAAUCCUCGCCACGAUGAAGGGCCUCAUUCUCGUUGGCGGCUUCGGCACCCGCCUCCGCCCCCUGACCCUGACGCUGCCCAAGCCGCUCGUCGAGUUUGGCAACAAGCCCAUGAUUGUGCACCAGAUCGAGGCCCUCGUGGCCGCGGGCGUGACCGACAUUAUCCUGGCCGUAAACUACCGGCCCGAGGUGAUGGAGAAGUUUCUGAAAGAGUACGAGGAAAAAUACAACAUCAACAUCGAGUUCUCGGUCGAGUCGGAGCCCCUCGACACGGCGGGCCCGCUGAAGCUGGCGGAAAAGAUGCUGCUCAAGGACGACUCGCCCUUCUUCGUGCUCAACUCGGACGUCAUCUGCGACUACCCCUUCGCGGAGCUGCUGCAGUACCACAAGGCCCACGGCGACGAGGGCACCAUUGUCGUGACCAAGGUGGAGGAGCCGAGCAAGUACGGCGUCGUGGUGCACCAGCCCAACCACCCCUCCCGCAUCGACCGGUUCGUCGAGAAGCCCGUCGAGUUCGUCGGCAACCGCAUCAACGCCGGCAUGUACAUCUUCAACACGUCGGUGCUGCGCCGCAUCGAGCUGCGACCCACCUCCAUCGAGAAGGAGACGUUCCCCAGCAUGGUCCGCGACAACCAGCUGCACUCGUUCGACCUCGACGGCUUCUGGAUGGACGUCGGCCAGCCCAAGGACUUCCUCAGCGGCACCUGCCUGUACCUGUCCUCCCUCACCAAGCGCGCCAGCAAGGAGCUGACGCCCCCGACGGAGCCCUACGUCCACGGCGGCAACGUCAUGAUCGACCCCACGGCCCGCAUCGGCAACAACUGCCGCAUCGGCCCCAACGUCGUCAUCGGCCCCGGCGUCGUCGUCGGCGACGGCGUCCGCCUGCAGCGCUGCGUCCUGCUGCGCGGCUCCAAGGUCAAGGACCACGCCUGGGUCAAGUCCACCAUUGUUGGCUGGAACAGCUCCGUCGGCCGCUGGGCCCGCCUCGAGAACGUCACCGUCCUCGGCGACGACGUGACCAUUGGAGACGAGAUUUAUGUCAACGGUGGCAGCGUCCUGCCGCACAAGUCCAUCAAGGCCAACGUGGACGUGCCGGCCAUCAUCAUGUAGUUUUAAUGCAAGGGGAACACGUCUGGCGUUAUCGUUCGAGUUACACAAAAUUCAAAACCCACCCACUCCCCAUCAAUUGCUCCGAACCCUCAUGCCGUUGACCCGUUCUAGUUUCGUGACGCUCCUACCGCCUAGUCGCUUCGCAUAUCGAUAUUCAGCUCGAUGACCUCAGCUUGGCGCGCUGCACCGCUCAGGCUUGUAUCCAAUUCACGCCCGGCGUCUUUACAUGGGCCUCGAUCCGCGCUCAGAGCCUUCUACUCGCGCACCCACCCCCUGCUCAUGUCGACGGCGCGCGCCCAGUCGCCGCGCAUGCGCUCCCGCUUGGCGGCGUCCAUCUUGGGCUCGAAGCGCGUCAUGCCGCUGUCACCGAGGACCUCGAUGCCGACCGCGCGGCCCGCGGC